AUGAAUAAUGUUUUCGUUGACUGACCCGCGAACGCGGGGGUGGUUCAUGGUGGACAGCUUGGGGCUGCUGGCGACCGUCCUCUUCGUGUACGUGUACUUCUGCAGCGUGGCGGGUCCACGUUGGAUGAAGGACAGGAAGCCCUUCGACCUGAAACGGCCGAUGCUCGUGUACAACGCCCUGCAGGUCUUCAUGAGCGCAGUGCUCGUGUACGAGAUCAAGUCAGGGUUUUGCUCUCCUUCGAGGAGUUGAGUGACCGACCCGAUGCUCUGGGCCCCGCCGGCGCCACCCGCGCCGAGCGCAAAUAUUUGCGAAUCCGCUUCGGCGCGGCGCGGCGCGACGGCCGGGCGGAGAGCACGGCUAAGCGUGGCCUGCAAGGGGGUUGGCUUCAAGGCUACAAUUUUUCAUGUCAAGAUGUGGAUUAUUCGGACAACCCCAUUGCCUUGAGAGUAAGUGGUCACGGAACCCUCCUUGGGGUCAUCAAUAGCUUUGUUCACGUCAUCAUGUACUCGUACUACCUGUUGAGUGGUUUGGGGCCUGAAUAUCAGAAGUAUCUGUGGUGGAAGAAAUAUUUGACUCUUCUGCAACUGGUGCAGUUCGCCAUCCUCAGCACCCAUUCCGCCUACGGCCUCUUCUUCGGCACCUGCUCUUACCCGAAGUUCAUCCUCACGCUGCUGGUGGUGAACCAGUUCAACUUCAUCAUCCAAUUCGGCCGCUUCUACAUCCGGACGUACCAGAGCGAGAAGAAGCAGAAGCAGCAGAAGGCGGCAUAGCGUGGUCCGUGGUCGCGGCUGCCUCACGCCGUCUCAUGAACUGUUUUCGCCUGUUAACUGGAGAGCACAUACGACGCGGGGAGUGCUCGCCUUCUACCACUCGGCGACGAAGGACAUCUCUCGUCGCGACCUCGUGUGUGCCGGAAGUUUAGACGCGCUUGUGUGUGUGUUUGUAUGUGUGUGUGUGAGUGUGGACUGCGGAGGGUGUCCACGCGUGCCAGAAGGCACACCGUGUCAGCCCCGCUGCGACCGGGGUGUGGCUCCAGGCGACUUCUGCACCCCUAAUCAAAGACUGUCGAAGAAUGUCAGUGUCUCCUUUUGAUACGUCUUCGUUUCCGGAACGCGGAGGCAGAUAAAGCUGAAGUACAGAAUCAGGUGGAAACUGUUAACGAUGAUUGGAAAGAAAAAAAUGAUUGCCUCCCUCUGAUAAAUGAUUCUCGAUCCGACCAAGAAAGGGAAUCUUUAAAUCAAUUUGAGUUCAGAAAAUAAUUUUCGUAAUACCGUACCGAAGAAUGAGAGGUUAGCCUUAACGUCCGGCGACUGCUAAGAAUUUAACAGUCCGCCGUUUGUUAAGCACAACUGAAACACGUGAUUUGUAUAGUGCAUACGAGAUAGCUUAUUCCAAGACAUAGUACUUCCUGAUUACGUCAUUUAUCUUACAAGGAGAUGAUAUCACAAAAAGUAUUGAACGGCACAUGCCCAAUAACAAAUAACAGGCCCGUUUGGUUAAGUUCAACCACGUCUGUUAGUUGCUACUUAUCAGCCUAAUGUCGAGAUCAGUUUUCCAGCUGAGUCUUCGUGCUCCCAAACACAACCCAAUAACAUCUUCACGCCGCUCUCCCUCUCUCUAGGACAGUAUCCCAGAGAGCUAUUUCUCGAUCACGUGACAGGUAGACGUCUGAUUCUGUGCUUCACAUUUCCCCCCAGCUUCACGACCCGCCUCCGCGCUCUAUCUACCUCUUCCACCCGCUUUUUCCAAAGUACAACAGCAGCAACAGCGGUCGCCUCGGUGCCACGAGGCAGGACGAAGGCUGCAGUGACUUGCGAGUCGUCCGCAGUAGGCCAGUAGUACCUUUACGAGAGACCUUGAACCAGACACCGCGCGUUUGCGCGCCGCCUCGCUUCCGUCCGUUGGGCCUGGCCGGGCCCGCCGAGCUCGGCUGCCCCGAGGCAACGAGGAACCGGCUGCGAAAUUUCCGCGCAUCAAAAUGACAAACAACCAGGACGCCAACGAAAGCCUGUAACGCAAGCAGGGCCGGAUUUAGGUCUAGAGAGAUUACUAU